CGCGUCGCUCGCCCCUGACUAUUCAGCCACUCGCCAAUGUCUACCACGUCCUCCCCUACCUCCAGCCCACCCGUGUCGACGGCGAGUCGGGCCAUGACGCCGCCCUGGCAGCCACUUCGUCUCGAGGAUGCGUGGAAGGCGCUGCCGUUUGCGGAUGUCGACGAGCUCCCGCGCUCGGGCGCCACCGAUGAUGAGGCCACCAAACGCACGUCUGAGGAAGCUAUCCAAGUCGAUGCCAACGAAAGGCGUGUGCGCUUUGGCGUGGACACGGUCGCUGAGUAUUCUGUGCAAGUGCCCGAUGUCGCUGCUGAAGGUGCGGAGUUUCCCGACGCCUCUACUGAGAUUGCCAUGUUUACGCACCGCCUAGAAGAAGACGUGCUUCGGUUCGCACCGAUGGACAUCGACGAGCCCGCGGUCAAGGUCGACGCUAAGAGCGCCAAGAAAGCCAUACUAUCGACAGAUGUGGCCGCCCUUACCUCCAAGCCCUCGCACCCACACACGGCCUCCGGCGCGCUCAAGAACCCCAUCUUGGAGCCCGAAGAACACACCUUCAAGCCCAAGAAAAAGAAGACCCGCCCCGUCUCCCUCUCCAACCCGCCGCUCCUCGACUACAUGUGCCGCUGCGACGACUGCGCGGCGAGGCGCGCGGAGUUCCUGCAGACGAUCGGGCGGCGCACGGUGCGCUGGGACGAGUGGCCGUGGUACAUGGUUGGGGACGGGUAUGGGACGUGGUAUGAGGAGGAGGCUUGGGCAGCAACCUUAGUCGUGAACCGGCACAGCAGCGUCCUGGCGAUUAUCAUGAGCUUGAGCCAGUCCAAGGCGCUGCUUUACAAGCCGCACUGGCAUCACCUCGCCCUUCUCGGAUGUCGCCUCAAAUCAUGA